GAUAAUGUCGAUCUCAUUAACAGAAAGCAAGGAUUUCAAGACCUCUCAUUGAUACCACCCACCAUAAAUCUGAACUCCAAAGAAGUGUCAUUCUCCAUUCAGAAGCAACACUUUCCAUUUGAGGAAUCAUCAAACUCAGAGUUUGGAAUUGUCUGCUCAGAUGCCCUUGUCAACCCUUCACAAACGAUCUCCUACCUGAAUACUAAAGACUCUGGUUCUCUUCUGGGUUUCAACGACCAAGAAGCAAAUGAUCAAUGUCAUGAUUGCCCGAAGGAUCAAUCUGAUCUAGCCCCCGUCUCCUGGCCAGAACAACUAAAAUCAGACUGGACGCAGCUUUCGAUGUCUAUCCCUGUAGCUCCUUCAGAUUUCUCAUCAUCCUCUUAUCCUUCUCUACGGGAAAAACCUGCCAUUUCAAAAGCGAGGCUAUCUCGUGAGCUAGGCCCUAUCCAAAUGAGCUUGGGCGUAAGUAAUGAUAUUGGAGAAUCACUUCAAAAGCAGUUAAAUUGGUUACCAGUUUCUUGGGGAAAUUCAACAGGCGGUCCAUUAGGAGAGGUUUUGGCGAGCACCUCUAUCAGCGUAGCAGCUGGCACAAACUUGUCUUCUUUGAAAGCAUAUGAAAGUAGCCCUCAGCUUGAUUCUUCUCCCAAUGGCGUGCUGCAGAAGUCUACCUUUGUCUCGCUCUCUAACAGCAGUUCCGGGAGCAGUCACAUCGCCGACAACAGGAGCGCACCCCGAGAAUGCUAAUCUUCGCCAUGAAAUUGGUUCAGCUACUCCAUCCCUGUAAGUGUAUAAUAAGGUAUUUUAAAUGGCAAAGUGACGGAACAAAAACAAAGCUAGUUUAAGGAGUUGAUGGAGGAGGAUUUCCGGAUAUUGCUUAUUAUGUGUCUCAAUUUCCUUUUUACUGUUUACUUUAUAAUCCCUACUAAAGUUUUUAAGCAGAAAAUAGGCUCAUAUUGGUA